UGUCUAUACUUGUUCGGACGUACGGAAGCAUAAUUGUGUAUUAUAGAUUCAAUGUCGUUAUGCCCACUCAGCAUACUCUCCAAGGAGAAUCCAACCAUAUGAAUCAAGAACCAAAUUUGUCUUGAUUUGGAACCAACUCUGUUCUCUAUUAUAUAAGAUCCGUUUCCUACAAAAUGCAAGUUUGUUCCUGGAUCUGAAUCGUUGCCUGGUCUUUGGCACACUUCAGUAAACCCUUCUUCAGUUUUACCUGAUACUUUCUAGUAGUUGCUCUAUUUUGGAUAUUUGAUGGCUCCGCUUUUACUGGGUGCUAAAUCUGGGAAACCUCCUGGCAUUUCGUUAGAUUGUUACAGGAGUAAACCUUGCAUUUCCGGGUUGGAACAGACCAAACCGUUUGCUUCAGUCACUAUGAGUAAAGACAAGCCAUUUGAUUUCCUACGUGUACUGCACGAUGGAAUAAUUGCAGGGGGAACUGCUGGAGUUGUUGUUGAAACAAUCCUAUAUCCGAUUGAUACAAUAAAAACUCGAUUACAGGCUGCUCAUGGUGGAAGCAAAAUACACUGGAAAGGCCUCUAUUCUGGAUUAGCUGGUAACCUUGUUGGUGUCCUUCCAGCAUCGGCUGUUUUUGUUGGCAUAUACGAACCUUCCAAGCAGAAAUUGCUCAAACUAUUUCCUGAGAACCUCAGUGCUUUUGCCCAUCUGACUGCUGGUGCCAUUGGUGGAGCUGCAUCUUCUCUUAUUAGGGUGCCUACGGAGGUAGUUAAGCAAAGGAUGCAAACCAGGCAAUUUGCUUCAGCUCCUGAUGCUGUUAGGCUUAUUGUUGCUAAAGAAGGUUUUAGAGGCUUAUAUGCGGGAUAUGGUUCCUUUCUUUUAAGAGAUCUUCCUUUUGAUGCAAUUCAAUUUUGUAUCUAUGAGCAGCUUCGAAUUGGCUAUAGAGUUGCAGCUAAGCGAGAGCUAAUUGACCACGAGAUUGCUGUGAUUGGUGCAUUUGCUGGUGCUAUAACUGGAGCCAUAACCACUCCACUAGAUGUGUUGAAGACUAGGCUAAUGACACAGGGUUCAACAAAUCAGUAUAGUGGACUUCUUAGUUGCACCCAGACUAUCAUCAGGGAAGAAGGUCCUGCUGCCCUUUUCAAGGGAAUAGGACCUAGAAUAUUGUGGAUUGGAAUCGGUGGUUCAAUUUUUUUUGGGGUUCUGGAGAAGACCAAGACAUUGCUUGCACGGAAAAGUUCUGCCGAUUUAAAAUCUGAUUUUGUUAAACAACAAUAGUUUAAUGGUUUAGUCCUUCAGUUGCAGCUUGGAUACUGAUAGUUUGCUUUUCGUAAAACAAGCAAAUUCUUAUUCCUAUUUUCUCAAGAAACAUGAUAAAAACGUCCUAAA